GGGGACCUGAGCAGCCCUGCAUGGAGCCCCAGCCCCGGCCCCCAUGUCUGCCCUGCUGACCCUCUGUGCGCUGCUGCUGCCCCUGGGGACCCCUGGCCGAGGCGCCCAACCCUGGGAGCCCUGCACGGACCUGCGCCCUCUGGACAUCCUGGCAGAGGCGUUGCCCAUGCACGGCGCCCCACACGCUGUCCGGAUGCUGCAGGACCAGGGGGUCCGAGGACUGCAGCUGGUGGCCGGCGCGCCACAUGCCCUGAGCUUCCCGGCCUCGAAGAUCUUCUCCAGGUGCCACUUCUUCCCCGAGGAGUUCUCCAUCGUCGCCACCCUGAAGGCGCCCCGCCUGCCGCCCAAGAAGAACGAGUACCUGCUCACGGUGCUGUCUGAAGAGCAGGACUCGCUGCUGCUGGGCGUCCGCUUCUCGCCCAGCCAGCUGCACUUCUUGUUCCUGAGCGAGGACUCUGCCGGCACCUGGCAGACGCGCGUGUCUUUCCGCAGCGCGGCUCUCGCCGAUGGCCGCUGGCACACGCUGGUGCUGGCCGUGUCUGCGGGCUCUUUCUCGCUGGCCGCCGACUGUGGCCCGGCCCUCGACAUAACAGCCGACGUGCCCUUCCCAGCCGCCCUGUCAGUGAGAGGUGCCCGCUUCUUCGUUGGCAGCCGCAGGAGAGCCAAAGGCCUGUUCACGGGCCUGCUGCGGCAGCUGGUGCUGCUACCUGGUGCUGAUGCGGGCCCCAGGGUGUGCCCAUGCCCAGCCGCAGAACUCGCGGUCCUCUCCCUGCCCCCAGUUCUACAGAGGCCUGGGAGCCCUGAAGAUAACGAGGUGCUGGAGCCCCAUUAUGAAACGCAGCUCAAAGUGACGCUGGGGUCCCGGCCACCCUGCACUAAGGCCGAGGCCGCCCAGCUGUGGCUGGACGCGGGUCGCCAGAGGCUGUACCUGUGCGCCGGCCACCAGUGGGUCUCCGUGCUAGCAGCCAAGGAGCGGCUGGACUACGUGGAGGAGCACCAGAGCCUGCUGACUGGCGCCGAGACGCUGGGCGUGGAGGUCUUCGCUAUCCCCGGGGCAGGGCUUUUCGUGGCCACGGCCAACCGCAGGGCCACGUCGGCCAUUUACAAGUGGACGGAUGGCAAGUUCGCGUCCUACCAGCGCAUCCGCACCCACCAGGCCCAGUCCUGGCGGUACUUCACCAUCGGGGAGCAGGCCUUCCUGGCCGUGGCCAACUUGGAGCCCAACAAGAAGGGCCAAGAGUUCUCGGUCAUCUACAAGUGGAGCCGGACGAGGCUGCGGUUCACCCCGUACCAGCGGGUGCCCACCCACAGCGCCCGCGACUGGGAGGCCUUCCAGCUGGCCGGGGAGCACUUCCUGGCCGUGGCCAACCACCGAGAAGGUGACAACCACAACAUCGACAGCGUCAUCUACAAGUGGAACCCGAGGACGCGGCUCUUUGAGGCCAACCAGACCAUCGCUACGUCGGGUGCCUACGACUGGGAGUUCUUCACCGUGGGGCCCUACUCCUUCCUGGCCGUGGCCAACGCCUUCAACGGCACCUCCACGCGGCUGCACUCCCACCUCUACGUGUGGCUGCUCGGCGCCUUCCGCCUCUUCCAGUCCUUCCUGACUUUCGGAGCCGCCGACUGGGAGGUCUUCCGCAUUGAGGAGCGGGUUUUCCUGGCUGUGGCCAACAGCCACAGCUACACAGUGGACGCUGAGGCCCGCAGCGACUCCUACAUCCUCAACUCGGUCAUCUAUGAGCUGAACGUCACGGCCCAGACCUUCGUCACCUUCCAGGAGAUCCCCACGUGCAGUGCUUUGGACUGGGAGUUUUUCUCUGUGGGUGAGGACCACUUCCUGGUGGUGGCCAACUCCUUCGAUGGCCGCAGCUUCUCGGUGGACAGCGUCAUUUACAGGUGGCAGGGGUACGAGGGCUUUGUGCCGGCGCACAGCCUGCCCACGUUCGGCUGCAGGGACUGGGAGGCCUUCCGCACAGCUGCCGGCUCGUACCUCGUCUACUCCAGCGCGAAGGAGCCCCUGUCCCGGGUGCUGCGGCUCAGGAUGCGCUGA